CAGCUUGUCCGACUCAACCCUUUGGUCUACAUGGUCCGCUUCACCCCCUUCGUCGCCCUUGCAAUCUGCUCGGCUUCGGCUGCGUCUUCAAACGACCAGGCGUGGUGUAACCAGUUCCGAAGCAAGCUCAACAUCCUGCCCAAAGCCACCGCUGACUGCUCCGUGUGUUUCUACGAGCGGAUAAACUACGCAGGAUCCAAAUUUUGCGUCGGUGAGCGAGUGAAGAGCUGCACGAGGGCGAAUCCGAUCACAGCGCCGGGUACCAUUGGGAGUAUCAAAUUCGGCAAAGGCUGCGACAUUGUAGCGAACGUUCGCGUGACGGACGUGCCUUUCGAUGAGCAUGUUGAUGUGAUUUCGAAAGAUGUGGCCAACACGGGGUACAACAUCAGCGGUGAUCACUCUGUCCAAGAAGUCUACGUGGAGGAAGCUGGACGAGCCUGUUUGCUGGGGACCCCCGACUCUGGAGACGGCUACGGUGUGUGCUACUCUGAUAGCACGCCAGAAGUCGAAGCCAAGUAUUGGAACUCCAUCACCGAGCUGAUGCUGUUCAAGUCGGACACGAAGAACUUCGAUGUGAUCCUGUACGAAAACCAGGACUACAACGAUCCUCAGAAAUCUGUCGCCCAGAAGGACGUUGCCCAAGGUACAGGCGCAAUGUCAUACCGCUUCACGGGGUACAGCAAAAUUCUCGAGACCAACGUGGCUAGCUUCACUUCGGGAAUGAAGGAAAGUUUGCAGAACACAGUGCGGUCUGUCCGGUUCGUGUCACCCGAGAACGAUGCCACUCAAACAGACUCGACUCCCGGAUCGGUUGCUCCUGCUGCGUACUUUGUUUAGAUUUGUUCUUAAAACAAGAGCUGUUUCUGCGUUGA